AUGAAAGCAGUGGUGAGCAAGUUGCAUUGUUCUUCAAUGGAGGAGGUGAUGGUGGUGAGACGUCGUCCACACGUUGUUAACGGUGGUGGCUUCGUGGUUUCAAAUUGCAAAGAUGAUAAGAUCGUUUUCAAGAUCGAUGGUUGUGGAGUUCUUGGUACAAAAGGAGAGUUAGUUCUUAGAGAUGGUGAUGGUAACGAUUUGCUUCUCAUCCACAAAAAGGGAGGAGUAGUGCAGGCUUUGAGCAUUCAUAACAAGUGGAGAGGUUAUAGUUAUGACUACCAAGGAAGUGUUAAACCGGUUUUCACAUUGAGGGAUCCUAAACACUCUUGCUUCUCCAUAACCAGUUCGAUUCGCAUUUCGGUUGGACCGGGGAAUUGUUACUUUGAUGUGAGAGGGUAUUUCCCGGAUAGGGAUUGUAGCAUCAUUGAUUCAACGGGAAAUGUUAUUGCUAAGGUAAAAGAAUGGGUUGGGAGUAGAGAUAUAUAUAAGGUGGUGAUCAAACCAAGUGUGGAUAAAGCUUUUGUUUUCGGAGUAAUAGCUGUUCUUGACUAUAUCUAUGGUGAAUCUACAAGUUGUUGAUCCGCCCAUGGCUAUUGUUUGCUAGACUCAGCCUUGGUUUUGUUGUUUCUUGUAUAAGUUCAGAGACUAUCGAUGUUGUUUUUAUGUAAUAACUAGUUCAUUAAUUAACUAUGUAAUGGUUUUUAUGUAAAAAAUAUAAGUGCAUGGGUCUCUACUAACCAUGUGAUGAACC